GUAAGGUCAUGUAGUAUUCGGGCUGCGUUUCAUCGACGACCGUAUGUGGCAGGUGUGGCUCGAGACCCGAGUGCGGGGCGAGCGCGAUGUGAAGGUUUGUGCGCCGGCGCAGCUGGCCUGCUGGUCGCGCGGUUGCCGCGGGCGGCGGCGCAGCUGAGAUGCCAGGGCACGGCCCGAGCGGGCGGUCUGCCUCCAAGGCGGUGCUGUCCGCGACGGGCGGCGGCAUCGCCGUCACCGUGGUCGGGCACCCGCUGGACACGCUCAAGGUGCUUCUCCAGACCCAGGGGCAACCGAAGGUGUAUUCUUCACUGCUGGAUUGCACACGGAAGACGUACCAUAGGCACGGAGUUCUGGGCUUCUACAAAGGUGUUGGCUCGCCGCUCGCUUUCCAGGUAUUCUUCCGGGCUACCAUUUUCGGGUCGUACGAUGUCGCGCAGAACAUAUUACGUACUAGUCAGGAUGCCGAGUUGAACAUGCGGCAGCGAUUCGCCGCAGGCAUGUUUGCAGGAAUCGCUGGUGCUUUCGUGGAGUCGCCCGUCGAGCUGUUCAAGUCGCAGGUGCAGAUUGAAGUGACGAGAAGCUUACAGAGUCGUGGCAGGUAUACGCCAAGGUAUCAGAACGUCUUCCAUUGUGCUUGGGAUAUAUUCCGGACGCACGGGCCGCUGGGAUUCUUCCAGGGCCUUGGUGCUACACUCGCACGGGGAGUGCCAGGCGGCGCCAUCUACUUCGGCACGUACGAGACGGUGAAGGAGGCGCUGGGACCUCGCUGCAACGGCUCCCAGAUGGCCACGGUGCUUGCCGGCGGCACGGCGGGCGUGUGCUUCUGGCUCUGCACCUACCCCGUCGACGUCGUGCACACGAGGCUGCAGACGGACCACGUGGACCCGCGGCUGCGCAGGUACCGCUCGGCGCUCGACUGCGCCCGGCAGGUCCACGCGGAGGGGGGCGCGCGCGCCUUCGUGCAGGGGCUGUGCCCCUGCUUGCUGCGCGCGGCCCCCGCGAGCGCCGUGAUGUUCUGCGUCGUCGAGAACACCCGGCGGCUCCUGGACGCGCUGUACUAGUGCCUUUUGCCGCGCCCGCCUCUCGCCGACGGUCCCCGAGGUGCUCCGCGCCCGUCGAGAGCGCGGCGAGCUCGGGCGGCCGCCGGGCGCGCCGUCUGCUGGUGAUCGGUGCCCCGCCUGCCUCCGUGCUGGCGCCGCGCCCUUCUACGUCGUCGAGGUCCUCUCGCUUCUCUCAAGAGCACGGGGCGGCUGCUGGACGUGCUGCAUCUCGCCGGCUCCCGUUCGGCGACGCCCGCGCCGUCUCCCGGAGGCCUCGGCCGCGAUGCGCGCUGCCCCCCGCGCGCGGGGGGCGGUUUGGCGGGUGCGUGCCUCGGCCUCGCGCCGUGCGAA